AUGGUAGAAGUGCAACAUAUCUUGGGCGAUGUAAACUUUAGAUCGUGCGCCGGCACGAUCUUAUCCAAAAGAUGGGUUCUUAUAGCCGCUCAUUGUGUCGGAAAAAACCCUGGAAUAUUUUUCGUAUAUUUCGACGUUGACGAGUUUGGCAUUGAACAGAGUAUUCCUCGACCUCUCGAUGGUAUGUCGAUGAUUGUGACUCAAGCGUUUAAACAUCCGCAAUACGCGCCAAUGAACAAUGAUAUUGCUUUACUCUAUAUGCCACAAGAUAUUACCUUUUCCAAUAAUAUUCAGCCAAUAAAAAUCGCAUAUUACGAGAGUAUACGUUUUGUGACCAAAGAUGCUUAUGUGGUCGGUUGGAGAAAAAAGAACACGACUAGCGAAGGUACGAUGGAGACGAUGAAACUUAAGUACGCCACGUUGCCGAUUAUAGAAAAUAAUGUAUGCAGGCAAUACUGGCCCAUCAACGGCAACCACAUUUGCACGGCCGCAGAAUUGGGACAAUUUGCUUGUCCCGAGAGAAACAGCAAUGAUCCUCUCAUCGUAAGAAAAAAUGGCCAGGACUUUCAAAUAGGUAUUAUGAUGAGUUACGAAGACCAAUCUUGUCCUGACAACUUAUUUCGAGUGUAUACUAAGGUUUCUUCAUAUAUAGACUGGAUUCUCGAAGUCAUGAAGCGAUAUUAG